UUCUCGGCACAAGGGAGAAAAUCUCGCGUUGCUGGCUGUUUUUCUCUCCACCUCCAUCAAGCCCCCCCGCCUCCUCCCCUACCGUCUCUAUCGCUCCUUCUCCGAGUGUGUGAGACUCGGAGGCUAUCUCCUCCCGAAACCUGAGCGCACCAGUCACCGAAACGAGAGGCUAUACCCCCGCACAACAUGGCUACAAUCGUAACCUCGACCAGGUUUACAGACGAAUAUCAGCUCUACGAAGAGCUCGGAAAGGGUGCCUUCUCGGUUGUUCGGAGAUGCGUUAAAAAAUCUACCGGUCAAGAAUAUGCUGCUAAAAUUAUUAAUACAAAAAAACUUUCGGCGAGAGAUCAUCAGAAACUGGAACGAGAGGCACGAAUCUGCCGCCUGCUCAAGCACCCCAACAUCGUGCGACUUCAUGACAGUAUAUCCGAGGAAGGCUUUCAUUACCUCGUCUUUGACCUUGUGACGGGAGGCGAGCUGUUUGAAGACAUCGUUGCCAGAGAGUAUUACAGUGAAGCUGAUGCAAGCCAGUGUAUCCAUCAGAUCCUGGAGAGUGUCAAUCACAUCCACCAGCAUGACAUCGUGCACAGGGACCUCAAGCCUGAGAACCUCCUCCUGGCCAGCAAGCUGAAGGGGGCAGCGGUGAAGCUGGCUGAUUUUGGGCUGGCCAUCGAGGUGCAGGGCGACCAGCAGGCAUGGUUUGGUUUUGCAGGCACCCCUGGCUACCUCUCCCCCGAGGUCCUGAGGAAGGACCCUUACGGCAAGCCAGUGGACAUCUGGGCCUGUGGUGUGAUCCUCUACAUCCUCCUUGUGGGCUACCCUCCCUUCUGGGACGAGGACCAGCACAAGCUCUACCAGCAGAUCAAGGCGGGCGCAUAUGACUUCCCCUCUCCAGAGUGGGACACUGUCACCCCUGAGGCCAAGAACCUCAUCAAUCAGAUGCUGACCAUCAACCCAGCCAAGAGGAUCACUGCUGACCAGGCUCUCAAGCACCCCUGGGUCUGCCAACGUUCUACUGUGGCAUCCAUGAUGCACCGCCAGGAGACAGUGGAGUGUCUGCGCAAGUUCAAUGCCAGAAGAAAACUCAAGGGAGCAAUCCUCACCACCAUGCUGGUCUCCCGAAAUUUCUCAGUGGGCCGGCAGAGCACCGGCCCUGCUGCUGCCGCCACCACCAGCACUGCAGCGCUGGCGGAGCAAGCAGCCAAAAGUUUACUAAACAAAAAAUCGGAUGGAGUGAAGAAAAGGAAGUCCAGCUCCAGUGUGUAUUUAAUGCCGCAGACAAACAACAGUAAAAACAGUGUAGUAGGCGGCAGCAAAGACAGCAGCAUUUCAUCCUCCGCACCAAUGGAACCACAGACCACUGUCGUGCACAACCCGGCUGAUGGCAUCAAGGGAUCCACAGAGAGCUGCAAUACAACCGAGGAGGAGGACUUGAAAGCUGGCCCACUGCAUGAUGUGAAGCGAAUUGCUUGGAACAGUUCAGGACAGGCUUCUGAUUUAGAUCACUCUCAGUCCGUAGCCUCUGCUGGGGCGCUUGGCAGCAGCAGCACACAGCAGUCCCGCAAGCAGGAGAUCAUCAAGAUCACCGAACAGCUGAUUGAAGCCAUCAACAACGGCGAUUUUGAAGCUUACACGAGAAUCUGUGACCCUGGGCUGACCUCCUUUGAACCCGAGGCACUGGGGAACCUGGUGGAGGGCAUGGAUUUCCACAAAUUUUACUUUGAGAACUUAUUGAGUAAGAACAGCAAACCUGUCCACACCACCAUCCUGAACCCCCAUGUCCACCUGAUUGGGGAGGACGCCGCCUGCAUCGCCUACAUCCGCCUGACGCAGUACAUCGACAGCCAGGGCCGGCCACGCAGCUCCCAGUCUGAGGAGACCCGCGUCUGGCACCGCCGCGACGCCAAGUGGCUCAACGUGCAUUUCCACUGCUCAGGCGCGCCUGCCGCUCCGCUACAGUGAACCCCAAGGGCACAGCUCGCCUGGAUUCUCAAGCUGAUUGGAGCGUUUCUUCUCCGUGGUCAGAUCAGCGCCGGGAGCCCGGCCAGACGAGACCUCUCGAAGUUUAAAACAAAACAAAAACAAAAUUCAGUACAAGCCAACAAACACCACCAACCCAGUUCAACCCUAGCCAGCCGCUGGGAGCCCGUGCGACAGUGGCUCUGCUCUCGGGACGGUGCAUGCUUCUCACGCCCACUGGGGGCCGCUGUCUUCUUGUUGUGUUUCAUGGAUCCAUCUUUUUUGCCCGUUUAUGCUGUCCAGAAGGUGUUUAAAAAUUAUAUAUAUAUUACAAAAAGGAAAAAAAAAAAAUGUACCGGGAGAAAAAAAAAACCUUUCUAUGAGGAAAGAGAAACAGAAGUGAAAUGAUUGAAGUUUUAGAAACAGGAAUGCCAAGUGGACACACCCGGAGUUCUAGAGCCGGGUGCUACAGACAGUUUUUCUUUCAAAACCUAAAACCUAUACGUGUUUGAUUUUUGAUGUUAACGUCAACAAGAGGGAAAUCUAGACAAGUUACUAUAUCAGAAUUAUAAAGCACCAAAGUGAAGACUUGAGGCAUUGAAAGGAGGCUGUUUUAGUGUUGGUUUUAUUUUAGGGGUUGGGGUUUUGGGUAGAGGGGCUGCGGGUCAGAUGUUUAGUAUUCUGUUGUGUUCUUGUGGAACUCUUUGAUUUUUAUCUCUGAAUGAUGCUUGUAUUUGAGACGUAUUUUUUGUUUUUGCGCCGAUUAAGUUUAAAAGGGGAUUUUUUUGAAUAUGUAUAUAUGAAUAUAUAUAUACGGAGAGAGUGGAAGUAAAUUUCACUUUUGAGUAUUGGGGAAAGGGGGCUUGUAUGUAUCCCCAUCCCAGCUCCCGCCCCCCUUGGGCUGCUUGCUGUGCAAAAUUGAGAAACCUCUACUUAAAAAAAAAAAGGCACAGACUUUUCAGGCCCUUUUUUUGUGUCCCGCCGGCUCGACCGCUGACAUCCCAGCUCGGGCCUGCCUGCCUCUCCAGCUCGGCAUGCAGUUGCCACAAAAACCUGAAGUAACAGAAAAUGCAGACUUGCGUUUUCUGGUAUUCAAAAAUGAGAACCGUCCUCCCCCUGACAGCAGGGCAGCACUGAAGGCUUCUAGAAUGUACGCAACGUCUGGAGGGCACCAGACCAUUGCUGAGGGUCUUCAAGUCUCUUCUUCUCCUCCUCCUCCACCUCUGUCUCCUCACUCCUGUCAUCCUCACGCUCGAUAUCUCGGUCCGGCCUAGUCAACCAGUCCUAUUUUCCCAGCCUUUUCCUUUUCCUCCACCCAUUUGUACAAACCAACCCCAAAUGUGUCCCGGUGUGCUUUGAGUGGCUUUGAGGCUCUGUGCUCUUGUGUCCGUCUGUUUGAGCUCUACACCUCACCUUCUGAAACUUCUGGGUGAGGUAAUGUGAUGUCCUCCCAGCAGCUUGGAAAGCACAACUGCACUAGGGCAGUUCAUCCCUGUCCAUCCAGCUCUUCAGAGGCUCAAACACAGUUCCUUCAAAUUUAGUUGUCUUUCCUUUCUCUCCCAAUGACACAUUUUUAGGCCCGCCGGUGCACGGCUUGCACAUCACACUUUCUUUCAAUUAUGUUUCUUUUGCUUUCAUUUUUGUUACAUGACGUUUCGGCAGCAGUCCCAGGAUACAUUGAAUGAAGAAGCAGUCAGGCAGUCGGGCCUGUGUUAGGCCUCUCCACCGGGAAACUCUAGCAAGGAAGCUGUCACCAAGCAGCUUUUUUCUAAAAUAGAAAUUAGACCACGGUCUUCCCCUGAGUUUAUAGAAGAGACAUGGGUGGUGGUUGUAGGCGAAGCUGCAGAAACAGUUUUUAAAAAAUAAAACUAGAAGGUGACGGCUGUCCUGGGCAAUUGAAGGGUCUAAUUCUUUUAUCACUGUUUAUCUUGUUCUUAAUGUUAUUGUUUUUAUUAGCAUUCUAGUUGUUGUUGCCGUCAUUAUUUUAAUUUGAAUAGUAGAUACAAUAGUAGAAUCGGGUGAAUGUGAGGUUUGAGCUCAGGCCCAGGGGAUAUGGCUUAAAAUUUAGUGUGUGGCCUCAGAGAGGUUGCAGGUCGUGACCUCUUAUCUUGUCCCACACAUGCACACAAUUGCCCCAGAGCUGCGGACUGCCCCUCAGCAGACCCCUGCGCUUGUGUACCUGCUAUUAACACCAUGAAGGACUCAAACCAGCUGCUACUCUCAGCAACGUGGCGACAGUUGUCAUGACGAUGUCACCACAGCGGAAGAAGUGGAGAGAGGGGAGAGAACUGAGGGCAUGGCUGCACAUUUUAAAAAGACAAAAAAGAGGUCCCUUUAAAUAUAUCCUUGUUCAUGGCAAAAUCUGCCAAAAUAGCCUUUGUUUUCACUGUGCUCGGCAGAAAUCUGUGUGAGGUGUAAAUGCUGGGGCCACGCUCUGUUUUCAGGAGGGGCCCAGGGCCCGUUGUGCUGCGCCACGUUCUGUAACAAGCUCCGCGACGCAUAUCCAAGACGGGUGGGGGGAGCUGAGAGGCCAAGAAAGAGGGGCAGAGAAAAUCGAGCAUCUCUGCGCUGACAUACAGUACCUUGUGGGAUUCAAACAGGAUCCCGUGGCGCUUAAACCUUUAAAGAAGAACAAACCGAGCCCAGCCUUUCUUGCACAUCUCAUGUUAACACACUGAUGGGCUACGUACACAUAUCAACACCAUGACACUGUGUCAUCUACACCGCAAUGCUAUUGUAAUAGACAAUGUGAUGUUCUGUUUUUAAGUAGUUUGACUUGCGCUGUGGGAACAGACUACCUUGCCUGGCCAAGCUAAAUCAUGAAAUCACAGCCAAGGGUCUUUUGUGGAAGAUUACAAACCGCAGGUUUACUCAAAAAAAAAAGGGGAAAGAAAUUGAGACACUAAAUGCGAGAGAAGGACAGUACACCCGAGAUGGUACUUUUACAGCUGCCUGGAAACGGAGGGCCUUGGCUACUUAAAAAAAAAUCUUAAAAAGUCACAGUUAACAAAAAAAAUAUAUAUGCAGUUUUACAAAAAAAUAUGCAUGUCUACUUUCUGGUAAAUAUUUUUCACCGUCUGUGUUUACUUGAUAAAAGUUUAAAACCUAUCUAUGUUAGUUGCAUCUUUGCAGUAAAUGAAAACUGCUCAGUCUCAGAUAUAAGUGAUGUAUCACAUUAAAAUGAAAAAAGAAAAAUGUAACAAAAGCCUUAGCUUGGUAUGUUCCCAUUCUUAUUAGUAAGUAAACUUAUUGCAUUGUAACCGUAUACUAUGGGGCUACAUAAAAAUAUACUCUGAAUUUUAAAUUGGAUGCUGGAUUUUGCAUGAUCAUGUUAUUAAUAAACCAUGAAUUUAAAACUAUCAAGUGUUUGUUUGAAUGUUAGUAGGUCUUCAUCAUAGCUUUGUUAUUCUUGAAACUUGAUCUGAAAGUAUUUAAUAAAAAUAACAUUUAAACAGUG